GUAAUGAAAAGGGCUUGGUUGCAGCCCCCAGUGAAACCGACAGCGCCCCCUUGUGGUGCACCCUGGGUAACACCAAAGAGCUAGAGCAACCAACCGUCCAUCUCAAGAGCGAGGGGAAAGAGCGAGGGGAAGAGCGAAAGAAAGAGAGAAAGAAAGAAAGAAAGAGAAUGAGGAAGGGAGAAAGGAAGAGAGAGAGAAAGAAAAAGAGAGAGAGAGAG